AUGCCACCGCGUCGCCGCGCAUCUUCUGCGCGAUGCUGCACAUCGAAACCUCUCGGCAGGCGGACCCGGGGGAUUUGCGGAACUGCCACGGUGCGGUGGGAUUUUCGUGCCACGAGGGUGUCUCUCCAAUUCAUGGACUUCCACGUCGAUUCUGACCGGAAAACGUCGUGUUCAGCUUCCAUUCGGAAGGGCGGUGAACCUAUCGGAUUUGGUCAACCACGGCCUUUUCGGUUCCAGCCAGAGCGAAAGACGGAUCUGGCGAUGGCGAUGACGGAGAAGGAGCCUUUGGUGGAACGACCACCACCACCAUCUGCAGGAUGUUGCUGUUGUUGCUGCACUCCACCCAGGCACAUGAAUGAUGCAUUCGUGGACAAGUACUUGGAUGGCGAUAUACAAUGGGGCUAUUGGAACAUGCCUCCGCGGGAUGAGAAGACGCUGGCAGAGUGCCGAAUGCGUCUCAAGGACAGGAUGCGCUUUCCUAAAACUUCGAUCAUCAGAUCGGAGUCCGAUAUGGAGAUGGGCUUCGCGAGUGCGAAGGACAUGAUCCAAAUCAUGUAUGAUGGAACAAAGAGUCCACUCUUGGAGGAAGUGCCUGAGCGAUUGCGAGGAGUCUAUUGGAUGAAAGACAAUGGCGUAGGAGAGGAGCUGGUGGUGAUUCAUUGGGCCAAAUGGUACGAAGAGGAGAAGCUCUUGCUGAUCCCCAUGGCGACGUUCAUGUGGGCUUGGCCCUUUGGGACUCCAAAGAAUGCACCCUUUGGUGGAACCAUGUAUGGGCCCCAGACCACUGUGAGUGGGGCGCGUACACUGCUCGGCACUGGCAAACCCCCUCCUAACCCUGGUCCUGCCCCUGGAAAUUUGUCCAUGGUCUUCGAUAGUCUUCCGGUGAAGAAUGGCACUUUGCAGGGCCACAACGCAGAUGUGCGUGAUGAUAUUGUGGACUUGGGGACCUUUCUGCCGAUCUGUCCGUGCUGUGCCUGUAUCCGUGGAAAGUUCACCAUGGAGCUCUUGUCCUCAGAGAGCUCCGAGCCCGGCUCUCGCUGGAAGCGUGGCAUUUGGUGGGGUUUGGGUACUUGUACACCUUUGGAGUUCGGCUCUUACACCUUGACGAAGGUGAUGAAGGGCAACGGAGAGCCGAACGAGCCUUACUACAGUGAAUUUCUCGAGUACAUGGGUGACGUCCCUCUUUUUGCAUGGUCUGGCUUUGUUGACGAGACCACCGGCAGCGGCCGCGAAUACGGCCAGCCCAUCUAG